AUGAACACUCAAGUGUCCUUCCUGGAUGGGACUUAUACCCUGAUACACAUACCGUCAACUCUCUACGCCUCUCUCCUGCAACCCAUCCUGCGCGUGCUGCUGCCACAGGCACAAUGCGUCGACAGUGACCCAGCGACAGCACGCGAGGGUUCUCACAGGCACGCUCUGAACGACUCCCAGCACCACGCCUUUCUGAAUGUGAGCGUCACGCCCCUCGAGGUAUCUCUCGUGUGUCCGUCCGAAUGGGCCCAGGCCAUCUUCAAGCCUGCCCUGGAAAGACUCCCGCACAAAGAAGCGAAGACGGUACACCUAUCCCGUGAUGAGUACCUAGUACUCUCCGUGAUCAGCGCGGGGCUGGAUGCAGCCAGGAGGGUCAUGGAGCUGACAAGCCCACUCGCGCUGGCCGGCAUCCCCAUCUUCUUCAUCUCCACCUACUACUCCGACUUCAUCCUCGUGCCGGCCAAGGCCAAGGACAAGGUCAUCAAGGCCUUUGAGGAGAAAGGGCUGCACCUCAGCGGGGACCAUGGCCAAUUUGUCAACGACUGCGCCGCCGGCAGCAGGACGGUCACACCAGAGCGGAGCACCACACCACCGCCACUAGAGUCGUCAGCGGAGAUUGACGUCCAGACACGCGCCUUCGACACCCUCAAGAAGACCAGUGUUCUACCCCAGGUGAUUGACGACCUACAUCUGGUGCACUGCUCGGGCAAAGAGUUGGACCCUAUCACAGACGAGGUAUAUGAUACCCGCCAUACCACAGGGAGACACACCAACGGCCACAAACCUCGGAAAAAGACGUGGGUCGAUACUGUCGACCCAAAGCUCUACACGUGCUUGAUCUCUGCUCUCGUCGCGGAACCCAAGUUCAUCUCGGUGACCCUGGCGCAAGGCGAUCCGCCCUCUCUGCUCCUGGACAAGUCUCUCCUGCCUCUAUUCGCGGACUCCAUCGUCGGGGACACCGACAACAAGCAAGUGCCCAUCUUCUUGGAUCUGGUGAAACUGCCUGUCGAAAUCAUUGGCAUCGUGUGCGGCGUGGCCGGCAGACUGGUCAGGGAUAUGCAAAUGGAAGCGAGCGCGGAGCUGUCUUACCUGUCCACCGCGAGGGCGGGCGUGGUCAUUUUGCCGGAGGAACAGGCCGGAAAAGCACUGGAUAUCCUACGACCGUUGCUGAAGAAGGAUGGAUGA